AUUUAUUUUUUAAUGUCUAGUGGGCAAGUGGGCAACGACGAGUCCAGCCAGAAUCCCAUCCCCUUUCAGCCCUCGUCGCCGCGGCGGCGGGCCGCGCCGUCGUCCACCGCUGCUGGCGAGGGGGCGGCGGAUGAGGCAGGGUGGUCCAGAUCACGGGGCCUCCACUCCAUCGUCUCCCAAUCCCUCCCGGAGCGCGCUCCCCGCAGCCGCAGCCGCCGAUGUGGCGGCCCGGCGCUCGCCAUGCUCAAAUUGGAGGUGACGAAUCAUACGACUCAUCUGUUCCUACAGCAAGAAAUCCAUUGCACGCACAGAUUGAGUGUGUAGGAAACUUUUGCAUUGUUUACCCAUCACUGUGGCCAUCAGAUAGCUGCAAAGAAUCACUUGACGUCAGUAACAACUUCUCAUUCGGAAUUAUUGAUGGCAUUCUUUCAGAUUUUAGCAAAGUUUUUAAGUUCAAAUCUGUCCAUUUAGGAGGUGAUGAAGUUAACACAAGCUGCUGUACUGCAAUACCCCAUAUUAAGAAAUGGUACAAACAGGGGAACUAGGCUCCAUCGAUCCGGUUCUUCAUGUGGUUGGCAAUCAAAGGCCAUUGUUUGACGGCAGAUAACUUGCAAAUGAAAGGGUGGCCAAAUCAGCAUGACUGUUUGCAAUAUCAACAGAUGCAUGAGACCUGCAAGUGCUUGUUGGUCGAGUGUGCUUACAAGAAUCGAGUGUGGCGAUACAAGAUCAGACCAUUUGAGGACUGGUGACUGUCGACGAGGCCGGCGUUCGAGAAGCAAUUAAGAAAAGCUUUUGAUUCGCUGUGUUUUAUGUUAAGCUGUCUAGUUUGGAAGGAGAGGAGAUGCUAGAAUUUUCGACCAACGAGUGAAAUCUACCUUGCAGCUGCUUGGGGAAGUCAAAGAGGAGAUCAUGCUCUGGAGAGAAGCUGGAGUGUUCAUGAAUCCUUAGGAGUAGUUUGCAGCCCUAGCGAGUACCAGCUGCUGCUGGCAUGUUUCUCAUCAGGUCUCGGCAGAGGCUCGUUGCUUUUCUUGUAUCUAACUUUGUAACAUUAUGUAUACAUCUUAUUUCAACUUAGUACAAUUGGUUGGCCGCUUUUUUAAUUCGGCCAACCCAGCCAAAAUGUGUCCGAUGCAUACAUAUAUUCUGUAUUGAGAUCCCAAAAGACAGAAAUAUCACACGGUUAUGAUGCCAUCAA